AACGUGAAAAUAAUAACAACAAAAAUUCCGCAACUAGAACUCGGCCUAAUGACAUUAAAAAACAUUUAUGGGAUAAGAGGUACUUAUUGUUUUCAAAAUUCGACGAAGGAAUCAUGAUGGACAAUGAAUCAUUUUAUUCAGUAUGUCCCGAAAUCUUGAGUACACACAUAGCGUUAAGAUGUCCAGGCCUACACGUCGCUAUGGAUCCGUUUUGUGGUGCUGGUGGUAACGUCAUCCAAUUGGCCAAAAGAUACAAACAAGUAAUCGCUGUGGAUAACGAUGCUAAUAAAUUGGAAUUCGCGAAAAGAAAUGCUGAGAUUUACGGAGUCAGAGAGAAGAUUACAUUUAUACUGGGAGAUUUCUUUGAAAUCGCAGAAUCCUUAAAAAAAUAUAAGCCACAGGUAAUAGUGACUUCACCCCCAUGGGGCGGCCCUUCGUAUAAGAAACAUAAAGUUUACAGUCUCGAAAAGCAUAUGUGUAGCAACUACGAGGGAGGCGGUAAAAAACUCUUCGACCUGUUGAGAAGUAUUGCUCCCAAUGUAGCACUUCACAUACCUAAAACUACAGGUCGAAACGAGUUGAUACAAUUUGGCAAACUAUUCGAUCUAAACAUGGAAAUUCAGCAUAAUUAUAUUGACAAUAGACAUGAUUCCAUCACUGCGUUUUUCGGCCGCUUUUUCAAUAUGAACACUAAAUACUUAUCCAACGACAAUAAACUUUACACUAAUAAAAAAUUCUUGAAGUAUCCAGAAUCAGCUGAUUACUAUUAAUGUUAAAUAUUAAUUCACUAUUUUUCGAUUAAGUACUGCUUUAAAUUUUGAUUUUUUUCUAAUUAUUGGCAUUAUACUGAUAAAAGACAAAUUUCGGUAUAUUCUAAUUUUCACGUUAAACAUACUACCGAUUUUCGAAUAAAUAUAAAUACCUUAUAAUUCUUAAAUUUUUGCCGCAGCAUGCUGUCGGAUGACA